AUCCCUUUCCCACUCGACACACACACAGUCACACACUGCUGCCAUCGAUUCGGAUCCGCAGGUAGCUGUAGGCCUCCCGGGAGGAAUCCUCCUCCACUCACCAGCCCAGAGAUCUCUUCACCCCUGCCUCUCCUCCGCUUCGCUGCGGCCGGCGACGGCGGGAACACCGGCCGCCUCCGAUUCGAUCCCAACCGGGGGUCUCCCCGGCGGCUAGCCAUGGCGGAGCCGCUCAGCUCAUCCCAAGAUGCGCCCAAUCCCUCUGCUCCGGAACGGAGAGUACUGGUGAUGAACAAGCACGGGGAGAACCUCGUGGGGCUGCUGCACCACGCGGGGUCGAACAAGGUUGUCGUGCUCUGCCAUGGCUUCACGGCUUCCAAGGAUGAUGGAAUCAUUGUUGAUCUUGCGGCUGCUAUAACAAAUCGUGGGAUUAGUGUGUUUUGCUUUGAUUUCAGUGGAAACGGAGAAAGCGAAGGUGAAUUCCAGUACGGUAACUACAGGAAGGAGGCUGAUGACCUGCAUUCUGUUGUUUCAUAUCUUUACCGGGAGAAGUUUGAUGUAGCAGCAGUUGUUGGUCACAGCAAAGGUGGAGAUGUGGUGGUUCUAUAUGCCUCUAUCUAUAAUGAUGUCCCCAUGGUGGUUAACCUUUCUGGUCGAUUUGAUUUGAAGAAAGGUGUUGAAGAGCGCCUAGGCAAAGAAUUUAUGGAUAGGAUAACCAAAGAAGGCUACAUUGAUGUUACAAACAAGUCAGGAAAGUUUUUGUACAGAGUAACCAAAGAGAGCUUGAUGGAACGACUGAACACUGAUAUGCAUGCAGCAAGCCUUUCCAUCAGCAAAGAAUGCAGGUUCUUUACAAUUCAUGGUUCAGCUGAUGAGAUCAUACCAGUGGAAGAUGCAUAUGAGUUUGCAAAGCUUAUACCCAACCACAAACUGCGUGUCAUUGAGGGAGCAAAUCACUGCUACACCGCUCAUCGUAAAGAGCUUUCUGAUGCCGUCGUAGAAUCCAUCACAUCCAGUGAGGCAGGGGAUACCCCACCCUAGAGCAGUGCGUCCCUCGCCAGCAUCGAUGGCUUCCUCUGACGCCGUCGCCUUUCCACGCUUUGUCACGCAGCUCCUCAGUCACCUUGCUUAAAGGAUUACACAGACAGAACCUGGUUUUGCUCUUCAUUUUUUUUUGUUAUCUUGAGUUGUGGCCUGGGUCCUGCGACAUUGCCACAAUGGUGUUUGGCGGUUGCUUGCCAAGGUACAAUCAAUGGAUUCCGUUGGUACACUGAUCUGCAAGAAUCCAGGUACAAAGCUCAGUGUGCCGUGCCUCAAGGACCAGACGACCAGGCGUCCAUUGCCGGACUGGCUCAACGAAGGAGACGACCUCGACGGCAGGGUGUAUAGCCCAUCAGCAUGAGGUAACUGAUCCAGAACUUCUUGAUGGCACUGCCACCGCGGUUUCUCUGUCGACACCACGGAGAGCAUGUCACAUUGCCACACUCCACGUCGCACAGGAUCCGUGCAAGCUCCGAGGGAGCCACACACUGGUAGUAAGCGGGUCGACUGUCUCAAGCGCGGCUGUCAGCUAUCUGCAUCUGGAUCCGGAUUCCGGAAGGCCGCCCACAACCACCGGAGGGGUACGGGUAGUGAGUAGUGACGCUACGCUGCCAGUGGAUGCCGGCGUCGAAGCGGCGGCACACGACGCGGUGGCCGGCAAGCGGAGGAGCAUGUCACUACUCACUAUAGCCAAGACGAUCCUAUAGCCAAGGACGGAUUGGGGAUUUUGGGGUACUUGCAAAGCAAAGAUCAAACGACCUUGUCCUGCAUAUAUUCUCCGCUACAGAAGGUUGUAGUGAGAGGAAGCCUGAUCUUGAGUCCUGACAGUUGAUUGGCCAUCCAGUAAAGCAACAAAGUUCUUGGCGUUCUUUAGAGGC